AUGGCGACCACGACACCCGAGAAGAAGCUGCAGUUAGAAGACACGACAGAAUGCAGAUCUUCAGCACAGUAUCCUACGAUCCAGAAAGCGGAGUUAUCCUCCAAAACACGUGAGUACCAUUACGAUCAUAGUAGCAUGUUCGACUCCGCUAGCUCACAAAAAGGAAUCCAAGGAACUCUACAGAUGAACUUUUUGGACGCUGCCUUACUUUCGAGGCUAGACAUGCCCAUUUGGUCUCUGUUGAAAAGUUGCCUGAGAGGGCAAGCGUUACAAUCCAUCAAAGGAAUCCCCGUAACCGACGAAGAUUAUCGUACGGCUGUCGACAUUCUUCAUCAAAUGUACAACAACCCCUCAGCCCUGCGCCACCUGAUUUACACGGAACUCGCAAAUCUUCCACAGUGUGAUCAGGAAGGGAAACGACUUCAAGAAAUUUAUCUGAAAAUGCUACGUCUUAUUAGGCAAAUACACUUCCAUCACCCCAGGGUCGCCGGAAUACGGGCUCGGGCGCUACUAUAUAAUAAAUUGCCACGAUUCGUUCAGUCCAAGAUAUACGACAUAACAGGAGGACAGAGAGGCCUCACACCAAACCAAAUAAUUGAUCUCCUCUCGGACGUG